UCUUUCUUUCUCUCGUUUAUAACGACGUAAAAGGUGUGAUUUUUACUGUGAUUUUCAAUCAAUUGUAAUCCGCAUUUCAAUUUGUGCUUUCUGUUUUUUUUUGCUUUUUAUGCUUUCGCGAAAUGUCGUCCAACGCCAAAAAGCAAAGAUUAGGUGGUAAAAAUGAAAUUAUUUCGCACGCCUAUGUCACAUACAUAAGUGACAGCAAAAAAGAAAUUAUUGAGAUUGAUCGAAUUAGACAAUUUGAUUGUGAAAGAAAAGAAGAUUUCCAAGAUACCGGAAAGGCAGUGUAUGAAGUUGAAUGGUUUGACGAAGAGGAGAAGGAAUGGUAUUUGUUUAAUGCUGUGGUGCAUUAUGUUGGCUACAGUGAAGAUGAUGUUGCAAAUCAAGUGGAAGAGGGUAUGGCUUCAAAUCGUCGUUUGAAAAUACCGACUGAAAAGAUGUUGUCUGUCUUAUCUCAAGGCAAAGAGAGUAAUGAACCGAGGAAGAAGGAGGAUAAAAGGGUAAAGUUGCAAGCUGCUGCAAAAAAAUCCACUAAGGAGGAAAUAUUUAAAAAAUAUAAAAGAGAUUUGUUAUUAAAAGGAAGACAAAGACUUACGAGCGACAAUAAUCAAGAUGCCAAAAUCGCGAAAAAAACCAAUGAUCCAAGUGCAAAUGAAAAAGAUAGUGGAAGUGAAGAUGAUUUUGGAAAUGAAGAUGGCACUGGCAGUAAAACUGAUUCUGAAAGGAAUGUUAAUACUGAAAAUAUAGCUGAUACUGGAAGGAAGGCUGAUACUGGAAGGAAGGCUGAUACUGGAAGGAAGGCUGAUACUGGAAGGAAGGCUGAUACUGAAAGUGAAGCUGAUACUGGAAGGAAGGCUGAUAGUGGAAGGAAGGCUGAUACUGGAAGGAAGGCUGAUACUGGAAGGAAGGCUGAUACUGGAAGGAAGGCUGAUACUGGAAGGAAGGCUGAUACUGAAAGUGAAGCUGAUACUGGAAGGAAGGCUGAUACUGGAAGUAAAGAUGAUACUCGAAGAAAAGUUACUACUGGAAGUAAAGAUGAUAACGGAAAUCAAAGUGAUAAUGGAAAUCAAAGUGAUGAUGGAAAUCAAAGUGAUAAUGGAAAUCAAAGUGAUAAUGGAAAUCAAACUGAUAAUGAAAGUCAAAGUGAUCAUGGAAGUGUAGAUGAGGAAGAAACGAUGAGUAAUUCUGAAAGGGAAGAACCUCAGCAACAAGGCACUCCGAGAAAGAAGCAAUUUCGCAUUUACAAUGAAAAGAUUUAUGUAAAUGAAAAAGUCUCAUUUACAAAAGAAGAAUGGGAUAAGAUUGAUUCCGAAAAAAAAGAAACAAUGAUGGUGAGAACAGCGGCCAGGAUUAUUUGGAAAGGAGAUCUUUCUUCCAAAUGCUUGAAUGUCGAUAGAGCUCAACCUCGGAGCGGCGGAAAAACUCGCACUGUGUGCGAACCGAGAAAAUUGGAAGCUAUUCAAGAUAUCAUUAAAAGAAGGUUGGAAUUUAGGGGGAAAGAAACGCACAAAGAUCGCAUAAAAUCAUUCGUCAGAACUAAUAUGACAUCCCUAUUAAACGACAGUAACAAGACGGUGUUAUCAAGCACAGAAAGGAGAGAACUCAUUAAAAUACGAGAUGAAAGACGAGGACUAAACAGGAAUGAGCCAUAAGAGUUUAAAGACUCCAUUUUAAAGUUUACUUAUCUUUUUUAAAAAAUAUUUUUGUUUUUAUUUAUUUGCUGAAAGAAGUUUUAUACGUUUAAAAUGGUCGGUUUCAGGCUUAUUGUGUAACCUGAAAACUAUUCAUUUUCAUGGCAUUAAAAAAUGUAAGCCUGUCAGCACGCAUGCCCUGCGUUUACACGCAUAAGAUAGUUUGAAAAAGAGAAAAUUUAACUGUCUGUAUAAAGCCAAAAUUCAUUUGAUGUUCACCCUUUAUAUUUAAAUGUCAUAAAAGUAUAGCAGACAGACCAGUAAACCUCUGCUAAUGAUGUAUCAGACCUAAUGUUAAACGUACAGAUUUUGUUAAAUAAGCAAACGAUCAGUAUUUACAAGUACCAAAAAAAUUUU